GACAACUUUGACCCCUCCCAUCUUCUUACCAUUGGUGGGAGGACAUGCCUAUCAUCCAGGAGUCACUUGUCUUGCAUGUGUUUGGUUGGGGUAAUGAGAGUAGUAGAGUAGGAUCUAGCUGUCAGACACUACAGUGUGCCUUGGGAUCUGAACGAGCAACGAGAAGUGUAGGAGUCUAGUACGGCACUCUACUACGAGGGCAAGGAGCAUCCAAGAAACACGCGCCCGCAGGAUUACUUUACGGAGGCUCACAUGGGGAGUUAAAAGACCAGCAUGAAGCGCACACAUUUAAAUAUGUUAGCAUCUCCGGGUUUUUGGUUAGUUGUAUUUUUGUGCGUAACUGAUUCAUCUCGUGCUGCACCUCGCGCCGGGGAUAACAAUGACUCGCGUAUCUCAAGGCGUCCGCGUGCGGUCUCCAAUGCGCCUUUGGAACUGUACAACACCACCACAAUGCCAAACCACUUACCUGAAGAUAAACCGGGGAUAUUAACACUUUCUGCAUUCUCCAUAACAACCAUGACCACCAGGACUAUAGGAGAAGCCAUAACCCCGUCCCCGACAACCACCCCAGGCACUUUUACAGAGUCAACUAAAACAAUGGAACCUACGACAAAACGCAGGGACGUAACUGCUGAAAUGAAAACCACAACAGAAGCCCAACAAGUUACAACUACUAUGUACCUUAGUAGUUCUAGUGCCUUACCGAGUAUUACUGGAAAACCAACUGAAUACGCGACACCGUCCGUGACUUCCAGCACAGGGAUCCUGAAAAGCACUGCUGUGCCACCUGUCCUUACCACUAUGGACAAUAGGCAAGAGCUGCAGUGCAACUGCAGCGCCGAGGGCUCUGUGGACCUUAGCGACUGCGACCUGGAGACGGGCCAGUGCGUCUGCCUGGAUGGCUACACGGGCCUGCAGUGUGACGUGUGUGAAGACGGCCAAUUCAACAACGGCUCCACCGGAUGCCUGCCCUGCGGAUGCGACUCCUACGGAGCUGUCGGCCCCCUCUGUGACAGCUUGGGUAUGUGCCAGUGUAAGACGGGUGUGUACGGGGACAAGUGUGACGACUGCCACCCGGGCUUCUUCCACUUCAGCAGCACAGGGUGCCAGCCGUGUCAGUGCAACAACCACACCAACUACUGCCACCCCCAGUCAGGCAUCUGCGUCAACUGCCAGGGCAACACCAAAGGCCCCGCCUGCGAGGAAUGCAAGUAUAAUUUCUACCGGACGCCCGGCUCGCCGCUCACAGACCUCUGCACUCCGUGCCCGUGCUCCAGCGUCACCUCCACUGGCAGCUGUCACCUUGACGAGAGCGGCACUCCAGUGUGCGACCAGUGCAAGCCCGAGUACCGCGGCCCCAACUGCGAGCAGUGCCGCGAUGGCUUCUACAACGCCGACAGCAUCUGCCUGCCGUGCAACUGCAGCGGGAACGCGGACCCUCGCUCGUCUCCACGCACCUGCAACCCCGACACGGGCCACUGCCUGAGCUGCAUCAACAACACCACGGGCCUGCACUGCGAGCGCUGCCGCGACGGCUUCACCGGGGACCCACUCACACGCACCUGCAGAGCCAUAGUCAUCCCUACUCCUGAGGUCCGCACUACUCCCUCCCCCCCCCGGAGAAGCACCAUGAGCUCCCCCAACGGCACCUCCCUCCCCCCGGCCACGAGCACCACCCCAGGCCAGGCCCUCCUCACCACGCUGGGUCCCCCGACGGACAACACCACGGCCUCGCUGGACGGCGUCUCCUGGACCCAGUUCAACAUCAUCGUGCUGGCCGUCAUCAUCGUGGUGGUGGUGGCGCUGAUGGGCGUGGCGGGCGGCGUCUACACGUACCGCGAGUACCGGAACCGCAAGCUCAACGCGCCCUUCUGGACCAUCGAGCUGAAGGAGGACAACAUCAGCUUCAGCAGCUACCACGACAGCAUCCCCAACGCCGACGUGUCGGGCCUGCUGGAGGACGAGGGCGGAGACGUGGCGCCCAACGGACAGCUGGCGCUCAGCAGCCCCGCCAACCUCUACCAGGCGUGAGGGUCGCCCACUCACCACACAGACAGACAG